AUGUCUGGAGCAAACGUUUCUGUUCUCCAGUGUGAAGCCGGCGCUGGACAGGAAGACCAAGGCCGUCCGGCUUAUGCCCUACUCGGAAAAGGUCGCACCAAUGCGGAAAUGCGCAUCCAGUCGUCCGUUCCGCAAUCAGGGAUACCGCCUGUCGGUGGAGGCUGUGACAUGGCUAGUCAUCUGCCAGAACAGACGCGGGCCGGACCUGGUGUUGCCAAGGAUCCCAGUGGCCGUCGUGCCGCCAGGCCAACCUUGACGUUGGAGAAGAAGCAGAAGAAUGCCCACGUUGCCUGGUUCAUGCUGAGCGCGCCGUCAUGGACUGACACCGCAGCUGCCGCAUAUCCAAGUGACGCCAUAUCCGCACAACCAGAUGACCAUGGUACAGACAAUCUCGGCAAAACCAUCAUGGGCAUGGCCCUCCCUGUGCAGUAA